CCCGCUUCCGGUAUACGUCGUACUUUCCUGCCCACUGAUGAAGAAGUCUUGGACAAAACCACUUAGUUUUUGUGACAAAGCAACCGCGGAAAUGAGAUAAAGAUGGAGAAACCGUCAGCGCAGACGUCCUCGCCGCCGAUGGACGAUGGUUCGGACUCGGACGUGUUGUGUUUGAAGAGAGUUGGUCGAAACUCCGACUGGCUUCGCCUCUACGAAAACACCGAGGUGACGCUAGGACGUGGGGUGGAUGCCACCUACCAGCUCUUGUCUCCGACCUGCCCGCUCAUGAUAUCCAGGCUCCACUGCACGCUCAAGAGCCAGGGGGGGACGCUGACUGUCACCGACCAGAGGAGUCUGAACGGGGUGUAUGUGAAUGGAGUCCGCCUGCCAGCAGAAGAACCCCACACACUGACGGUUGGGGACUCUCUCAAACUGGGCGUUCCAAUAAUAGGGACGGAGGUGGAGUUUGAGUAUCAACUGAUCAAACAGCCACUCAGUAACAUCAAGCACAACCUGGCAAAGGGACCCAAAGCUGGCGGCAGAGCGGCACACGGCCCGAAGGUGCACAAAAGGAAGCUGCCGGCGUUGGAAGUGGAGGCGUCAACGUCCAGACCGAAACUCUACCGCAGCUCCUCUGCGGACAAGGCCUUGGCGCGGCCCUGCCCUGUGACCCUGGUGAAACUUCAGCAGGAGCCGAGUGUCGCCCAGCCAGAGGACACGGAUCCCAUUAGGGAAGUUCUUGAAGUUGCCGAGGACCUGGACGACUUACAGACGUUCAGUCAGAACAUUGUGCUGCUGAGGCAGCAGGUGAGCAGCACUCGGAGGCAGGUGGCCUCGAUGAACAGGGAGCCCCAAGAGAGGGACAACCCAGUGAGAGGGAAGCAGGUGGAGGAGCUGCAGAAGCAGCUGGAGACUCUUCCAGCGAAGAUGCAGAGGAUGGAAGCGAUGGAGAAGACCUUCGCUGAGACAAGGAGACAGCAUGAGGAGCAGAAGACGCAGCAGCAGGAAGAACUUCUGAAGAAGCAGCUGGAGGAGGCCCUGCAGGAGCAAAGGAAGGUGAUUGAAGAGCUGGCACAUUCUCGCCAAGGCUUUGAGGAGAUCCUCUCGGCUAAGAACAAAGAGCUGGAGCUGACGAAGGAAAAAGCGCGAGCACAGAAGGAGGAAGUUGUGACGCAGAUGAACGAGGUGCUGGAGAACGAGCUCCAGUGUAUCAUCUGCUCAGAGUUCCUGAUCGAGGCUGUCACGCUGAACUGCGCCCACAGCUUCUGCUCCUACUGCAUCAGUCAGUGGCGCAAGAAGAAAGACGAGUGUCCCAUUUGCAGGCGGCCCAUCGUGUCCCUGACUCGCUGCCUGGCGCUGGACAACUGCAUCAACGGCAUGGUGGACAAGCUCAGCCUGGAGAUGAAGACGCGGCGCCAGACGCUCAUCUCCGAGAGGAAAGCGCUGAGCCCCCCUGAGCCGACAGUGAUCCUGGACGACAGCAGCAGCAGCAGUCUCAGCGGCAGCAGCUUGGUGUUGACGGAGAGCAGCAUGGACUCUUUUGUCUCUGGAGACUCGGACAGCAGCGAUGAAACCAGCCUCACGGACACGGGCAGUAGCAGCAGCACCAGCGAGCUGGAGUAGUUUCAGCCUGUGAGUUCGAAGGCCAGACUGUUUUUUGUGUUCCUGGCCAAACGAAUGGUUCCUGGAAUUCGGGGUUCUCUUUCCUCUUUCAUUUCACUCAAUAAAGCUCAUGUGGCGUUCGUUCGCUCGACGUCCGCCGUUUCUCACCUGAAACCUGAUCUCAUCGACUGUCUCCAAGGGGUCGUAAUAUUGUGCCCUCUUGAGUUGAUGGUGGAGAAAGUGCUGUCGAUGAGCUGAGGUCAGUCACCAGGUUUGGACAGUGCAGGAGGAGUUUGUUUCUCUUCUCAGCUGGGAACGGAAUGGGAAUGGACAUGCUUCAUGUUGAGCCACUCCUUUGUUUAGGAUCACUGUCAUGAUGGAGAGUCUCCACCUCGCAUGACUGUGAGAUGGUGUUCUUUGUUCUCAGUGGGAAACAUGAUGGUUAACACACUUGUCUCCUUGUAGAGGAGGCCCUUGCACGACUCAUCAACCCAAUGUUUCUGCCAAAAUCUUGAGUCUUUCAUGAAGAAUAAAAUUC